CCCCGUGUCAUGGAACCCUAGGUACUGUACCGCAAGCAUCAUGGUACCCUCUGUGGUUCUCGUGCAGCUAGCUACUCUCGCCAGUGUGCUUGGCUUCCCUGUCAUAGACACCGUUCUCGGAGAUAUGAACGCCGCCGUCCUGGUCAGGGACAAGAGGGACCCCAGUCGUUCCCUGACCUUUAGCGGGUUCUUGCCGGGGAGUGGAAUGUCUGCCUUCGCCUCCAGCGCUGACUACAGCCCUUACCCUCGAUCUCGGCGGCCAUGGGGUCCCCAAGUCCAGGGGGGCGAGUACCCUGAGGAGCCGUCCCCAGUGGAGCAGCCGCCGGAGCGGGGACAGGCCCCCUGGCCGCAGCCGGAGGAGAAAGAGAAGGAUGACAAGGAGGAGGGAGAGGAGGAGCUGGAGGAAGAGGAGGCUCCUAUCACCCGACCACCCAGGAAGAACAAGAAGAAGUACUCACCUAAGGAGACGACCGAGGAUGAAGAGGAGGAUGACAAACCCAGCAGAGGAGGUGGAAACGCAGCAGCGUCUUUCAACGCCUGGUUUCCAAUCAUGUUGGGCAUGUUUCCGAGCAACGGGGGUUAUCCUUGGCAAGGGGAGGAGGGAGGUUACUCCCGGGGAGGUCAGGGGCAAGGGAGGUACCCCCCGGCCAGCCACACCACCGUCAUAGCCAACAGCGUGAGUCACGGCCGCAGUGGUGUAGCGUCCAGCCAUGCAGUGGCGUACGGAGGCGGGGGGUCAGGCACCCCCCAUAGCUCCCCUCACAAUUCCCCCCCUCACAGACGCUGAUCCCUCCACCCCACCAUACAUGUAAUCUUGUACAGACCCACCAACACGUUAUCAGAUAUAAAUAAGUGUAACAGAUGUUUAUAAGCAUAGUGUUUAAAGUUUAUAUACUAGACGUAUUAGUUAAGAUGAAAAUAAAAAGCGUUUUAAAGAUU